AGCCUGGCCCAGUCACUCUGGGCCCUCUUCACCUCCUCUCUGGCCAUCUCCCUGGUGUUUGCCGUCAUCCCCUUCUGCCACAACGUGAAGGUGCUGGCCACCGUCAUGGCGCUGGCGGGCCUGGCCAUGGGCUGCAUCGACACGGUGGCCAACAUGCAGUUGGUGAGGAUCUACCAGAAGGACUCGGCUGUCUUCCUGCAGGUUCUCCACUUCUUUGUGGGCUUUGGCGCUCUGCUGAGUCCCCUCAUCGCUGACCCUUUCCUGUCUGAGACCAGCUGCUUGCCUGCCAACAGCACCACCAAUGUCACCUCCAGCAGCCACCUGUUCCAUGCCUCCAGGGUCCUGGGCCAGCACCACACUGAGGCCCGGCCCCAGGCCAACCAGAUGCUGUCCCCGGGCUCCCCGCAGGGCGGGGCUGGGACCCGAGUGUCCUACGCCUUCUGGAUCAUGGCCCUGAUCAAUCUCCCGGUGCCCUUGGCUGUGCUGUUUCUGCUGUCCAAAGAGCGGCUGCUGACCUGCUGCCCCCAGCGCAGGCCCCUGCUCCUGUCUGCAGAUGAGCUCGCCCUGGAGACGCAGCCGCCCGAGAAGGAAGAUGGGUCCUCGCUGUCCCCGCGGUUUCAGCCACACCCAGGGCAUGAAGACCUGUUCAGCUGCUGCCAGAGGAAGAACUUCAGGGGGGCCCCUUGCUCCUUCUUCGCCAUCCAUGUCACGGCUGCCCUGGUCCUGUUCAUGACGGACGGAAUGACGGGGGCCUACUCCGCCUUUGUGUACAGCUAUGCUGUGGAGAAGCCACUCUCCGUGGGACACAAAGUGGCUGGUUACCUCCCCAGCCUCUUCUGGGGCUUCAUUACCCUGGGCCGGCUGGUCUCCAUCCCCAUCUCCUCCAGAGUGAAGCCAGCCACCAUGGUUUUCGUGAAUGUGGUUGGUGUGGUGGUGACUUUCUUAGUGCUGCUGGUUUUCUCCUACAACGUCAUCUUCCUGUUUGUGGGGACAGCCAGCCUGGGCCUAUUCCUCAGCAGCACCUUCCCCAGCAUGCUGGCCUACACCGAGGACAUCCUGCAGUACAAAGGCUGUGCCACUACUGUGCUGGUGACCGGGGCAGGCAUUGGGGAGAUGACCCUGCAGAUGCUGGUCGGCUCGAUAUUCCAGGCCCGGGGCGGCUAUAGUUUCCUGGUGUGUGGUGUGAUCUUUGGUUGCUUGGCUUUUACCUUCUACAUCUUGCUCCUGUUUUUCCACAGGAUGCACCCUGGACUCUCGUCAGUUCCUGCCCAAGACAAGCCAGGUGGCCUGGAAAACUCAGAGUGCUACCAGAGGUAAAAGCAGGGGAAGGAGGCAAGUGAAGACUUCCACCCUCUGGAGCAGCAACACAGAGCAGUGUUUAAGAAAGCCGGGACAGGAAUACACGUGGCCUCUUAGUGCCUUGUUUUGGAUCGUCUCCACUCAUAGCUGGUUGGGUAGAAGACAUUAAACUGAUUUCUGGUACUGGGUCCGCCCCAGGCAAAUCGGUAGCAGUCUCCCUGGCUAUUCAAGUUACCUCCAGUCUUCCGUGGUUUAGGCUUUUGCGAAGAGCAAAGCCUGAGUUUGGAGAUCACUCUUAGCUGAAGUUUGAAAAAAAUGGGUUGACGUUGUAAAGCUUGAGGAUGAUUCACUACACAGAGAUAUAUUUUAAAUGAAUAAAAACAAACCCCAGACUAUUCCCUGGCAUGUUAAAAGGACUUAUGUACUUUUUACCUAUUAAUAAUCCAAAGUCUCUCAGUUUGUACGGCUGAUAUUCGUUCCUCUGUGAAACAUCAAAAGGAACUGCUCAUCGUGUUCUCUGGGUGCACUAAUUCAGUGGCCUACUGGGCUAGCCCUUACCAGCUUAUAAAAGCUGAUUCUUCAGUUUUUACUUUGAGAUGGGUUGUGAAGUGCAGCCAUUAUUAAAAUUUAAAUUACAGAAACAGAAUUAAGUUACAGUCAAGCAAAGCUAAUAAAUCUUCAAAAUGCAUCCCUUCCCAAUCGUUUUAGGUCUCUGCUUUUGAGGGGACUCACUCUAUUCUGUCUGCCUGGGUAGUACAGGAAGGCGUGUUUUUGUGCCUCUCUUCUCCACCCCAUUCUCAGUGAGCUGUGGGAACCCAAGGUCAGCCAGACUGGGGUAUAUACAGCACAGAAAGUGACAGAGCUGUGCCCCAUGACCUUCCCCCCGCCCUCCAGCCAGUUGUGGGGUGUUUAUCAACAAACCUUGGCGAGUGAUGAAUGCUCAUUGGCUCAGAAGCUAUUGGGGAGAACCAGAUGGAUGUUUGACUUUUCUGUACUGAUGUUAACUAGCUUAGAUAAGGUCAUAGAAAUGGCGCUAAGAAUUUCUCAAAAGUAGCUCAUUUAAGCUUUUCAUACUCUUUACAGAUUUAUUUUUAUUUAUGUGUGCAUAUAAGAACUGGGCUGCAGGCCAGCAGUGUUGGA